UUUUCAACAGCACAAGAUAAAGUUGAGAGAAGAACUUUCCAGCGAAGGUAAAGCUCUUUUUACUUGUUGAGUUGCUCCGUUUCUCUACACGGCUUUCAGUCGCUGCUUCGUCUACGGGUUCAAAGUGUUGAGCCACGACUCAGAGGUCUGAGGACAAGAAUUCAUUCGCUGAACAGAUCACUCCCAUCUCCAAGAAAUGAGGACGAGAUCCCUCUAAAGCCGAGUUAUUCCAAGGGGUCACAUUUACUGCACUGCCCCCCUGAGUUGGACAUGGAGAUCGCCAAGGAGAUCCUGGAAGUUGCCUGCAAGAUCUACUCCCUGGUGGGGAAUGUGAAGGCCAAUAAAAAGCGCUGCCAGCGCGUUUGUCAGCGCGUCGAAGCCCUGGACGAGCUGGUGAGGUCCAUCAAACGAGAACAAACCAGCAUCGAUGUGGAAAGGGCCCUGAAGGAACUCUCCGGAACCCUGAACACGGCCCUGGAUCUCAUCAAGAGGCACACUGAGGCCAGCUGGGUGAAGCGCCUGCUGAAGGCCGGCAGCCUCGAGGACGAGUUCAACUGUGUGAACGAACGCCUCAACGACGCCUCCCAGGUCCUGUCUGGAGCUCAGGACCAGGAGCAGAACAACAAGCAGCGCCAGGUGUUCGACCUGGUCUCCAGAAUGAAGGAGGACAUGGAGGACACGAAGGAGGACGAAGCCGAGUUGAAGAAACAGCUCCUGGACUUCAUGCAGGAGCAGCAGAGAGCCAUGGAAACCCUCAAAGCCGACGUGGACAAAAUACUUCAAAGCUUGACGAAGCCCAACAUCACGGAUCAACACAUCCGGAUGAUCCAACCUCACGAGCUGCAAUACGACGAUGUCAAAAAGCCCUUCCUGAGCACAGAGAACACGGAGGUGUACAAAGGAAAGUACAGCGGGUUUCCGGUGGCCAUCAAGAGAUACGUCGACCCGCUGAACACCAGCGUGAGCGCGCUGAAAAAGGUCUUCGACAAGGAGGUGGAAACCAUGCGGCGCUUUGAGUCGCCCAACAUCUUGCGAAUGUUUGGCAUCUGUGUUCAGGAGUCCGGCACCAACCCCCGGUUCCUCAUCAUCAUGGAGUACUGUGAGAAGGGAAGUCUGCGCGAGGUCCUGGACUCGGAGGGGGCCGCUCUGUCCUGGCCCACCAAGGCUCGGAUGAGUCUGGACGCAGCGCGAGGGCUCUACCGACUGCACCAGACUGAGGAGAAAUCAAAGGUUCACGGAUGCCUCAACAGCAGCAAGUUCCUGGUGGCUGAAGGCUACACGGUCAAGCUGGGGGGCUUCGAGCUGUCGAAGACAGAGACGUCCCUGAGGAAGACGACGAGGAAGGAAAGCAUCAGUUCGCUGUGCUACUCGUCUCCAGAGAUGCUCAACGACAUCAACCUCAACUUCAGCAAAGAGUCCGAGAUCUACAGCUUUGGAAUCGUCUUGUGGGAAGUUGCUAGUGGCAAGAGACCCUUUGUUGGUUGUGUAAACAAGGACAUCUCUAACAAAGUGUGCAAGGAGCAAUUCAAAGAGGAGCUCCCCAAAGAUUGUCCCCCAGCACUCGCUGGUCUGAUCGACGACUGCCGAGCCUACGAGGCCUUCCACAGGCCGACCGCUGGAGCUCUGGUGGAUAAACUGCCCGGCGUGGUGGCCCAGAUAGAUCAGCCCUGAGCCUUCUGGUCAUGGACAUCCUCAGAAGAACAAGAACAUCCACACGGAAAAUGUACACUGAAAGCCACACUUCUCUAUUCCGCUUCUCUUGGCUGAGCAUCCCAUAACGUUCAAACCUUGCUUUGUGUUUUCAGCAAAUGCUGUUUUUCUAACGAUGGUUGUUGGGGGGCCACAGCUUCUGCUGAGGUUUUGAAAAGUUACUUCAGGGAAACAUAGAUGAUACAGUAUCUUCUAUCAGGGGUCCAGAGUCCAGGUCCUUCAGAAAUAUAAAUGCUCCCAUAGACGUCUAUGAGGAAAUGACUCUACUUCUCUCUUGAUUUAUUCCCUCAGUAAACAUUGUAAACAUGAGUUUAUGGUCUCAGUCUCUAGUUGUAAGUCUUCAAUACAUCAUGAUGUUAAUUUGAUAAUUUUCCCUCAUUUGAUCAAGAAUCAGUCAUAAAGCCUCUUGUGAAUCAA